AUGAUUUGUUUGCGGUUAGGUAGAAGUGCCGAAGGUCAGGAAUGUUCACACUUGUUGGAUGCACUAUCGCAGUCACACAAAUUAGUUGUCCGUUCCACAUUCGGGGCAGAGCUUUUAGCAGCCACUUCCGCAGUGGACCAUGCUUUUGGCAUUGCCCUCACCCUCCAUGAGACCGAAGCCGGAUGUUUAAAACCCGAUGAAGCACUCCAAAUCAGAGAGUCAGGUGGCUUAUUGAUUGCAAUUAAGCUACUAAUUGAUGCAAUGUCCGUAUACCAUUCCAUAAUCCAGGAAUCGUUCAAAGCACCAAGUGAAAAGUCUUUGCUGAGCCAUAUCAGUUGGCUAAAAGAAAUGCUGCACCUCGGUCUUUUGAAGAUAAUUGGAUGGGUGGAUACUCGAGAUAUGGCAGCAGAUGGAUUGACAAAAGGCAAAAUCUCAAGAGACAGCCUGUUGAGUUGCAUGCGUGGCACGUUUAGUCGAUCGAAUCCGAUCGAAAUAUAUCCACGCCCCAAGGGUAGUGGUUAG